GAUCUGGCCAAGCACAGUGAGAUUUACCUAGUCGAUCUGCAACAAGUGUAUUCCACACGGGUGGUCUGUGGGAGCUCAAGGAAGAAAAAAUAUGGUGAGCAUGAUGUAUCGAGAGAGCAAACUAUUUACCAAAAUGAAAACAAAUAGAAAAAGCAAUACGCCCUCACAACCUGACCCACUGGGAGCAACCGGUCCUCCCACAUGAUCUUAUCGCCGACAAUGACAAGUGAUGCUGUUUGACGACCUCCAACGGGCAGGCACCGUGCAUUGUUCACGAUCCAAUCAAGGCGGUCGACGUCAGCGUCGGACGGACAUUGUGGGGACGGCGUUAAACCAGGCAUUGUGGAUGAAUCAAGCACAGCAUUAUCUCCGGUUCUCUGAAGGAACUGCUCUGCCAUUUUUUCUUUUCGACACAUUGAUAUUGGUCACAGUCAUAGAUGGGUCAGCUUUCUGCCUCUUGCCCCACCGAUGGGCAACCACAUCGGGCGGCGGUCGUCGGCGCUGGAAUAGCAGGCUUGUGCGCCGCCAUCGCCCUCCGUCGUGCAGGAUGGCAUGUCGCCGUGUACGAGAAGAGCAGCUUCAAAAACGAAAUUGGUGCGGCCAUCACGAUAACACCCAACGCGACCUUGGUUCUGGAACGGUUUGGAUUCGACUUUUUGGAAUUCGGCGGCGUUCGCAAUGAGAUGCUCCUGCGCUACGAGGCGAAGAACUUGUCCCUGCUUCAAAUGGAAUACUAUGGCCCGGACUCAGGCGCAGAAUGGAGUCGCUUUUGGUCAGUUCACAGGGUGGACUUGCACAGUGGGCUCAGAGGGCUAGCGACCCAGACGCAAGACAACACACCAGGGCCACCAGCAGAUAUCCGAUUGGGCCAAGAAAUUACGGGAAUCGAUUGCGAGGCCGGCACAGUCAAACUCAAAGACGGGAGACUGGAGCAGUAUGACUUGGUAAUAAUAGCAGAUGGGGCUCAUAGCCGCUUAAUUGAGGAUUUUACCGGGAAUCCGUCCACGGUUCACCGCACAGGCCGGUCUAUUUACAGAUGGCUGGUAUCCAUGGACGAGGUCAAUGCAGAUCCUGUACUCCAAAACCUCUACACAGACCCGCAAGGAAGUCGGAAAAGCGGCUUCGUGGCUUGGGAUGAUCAAGAAACCAGGAUACUUUGGGUCAGCUACAAGUGUAGGGGCGGCAAGGUGCUGAACAAUGCCGUGGUUCAUGAAACGCAAACCGGUGAAGGAGAAGAGGAUCUUUGGCAAUCUCCCGUAUCACGAGAACAAAUCCUCAAGGUGCUUUGCAACUUUCACCCGUCAGUUCAAAACAUGGUCUCCAUGACGGCCGAGGACGGCAUCAAAGCCCACCACCUCUACAAACGGCUUCCACUCCAAAGCUUUGUUCGUGGAAAGACGUUGGUGAUGGGAGAUGCAGCACAUGUCAUGAUGCCCAUUCAUGCGGCCGGAGCAAGCAUGGCUAUCGAGACAGCGGCCACGUUGGAAACACUUUUCGACCUUUCCGGGAGCACAUGGACAAUGGACAGCCGGCUGGAGAUGUUUGACAAGCUCCGAGUGCCCCGAUGUAACCUCGCCAUGCUUUCUUCCAACGCUGGCCCGGAAUGGCUCCACAUUCCGGGUGUGGAGGACGAGAUUCGAAAGUACUACUCUGGUCCUCUGCCGCCUGCUGGUGCCAUGCCUUAUAGCAGUGCGUUUAGGGACGUCUUGUUCAAACACGACGAAUACCGAGCCGCAAGAGAGUGCAUGGACAAGACAGCCAAGAACUAGGUGGACGAGAUGGGAAAGAGACGGAAGACCAGCAGAGACGGAUAAACUGCUGCAGGCAAGGAGCUGUGCAGUAGAACAGAUGCAAAUGACACGAGUUUUGAUUGCGCCAGCUCUCUCGGGGUAUGUCACCCCAUUUGUGUGGUCUUGGAUGCCAAUACCCCCUCAAACCCUUAUCAGAUGAGGAAGUUGUGGGUAAAUCAGACAUUUCGCCCCCCACGUUUUUGUCCUCAAGGUGUCCAGGAAAUGAGUGAGUGGCGGGUAUGUACCUGUGGUCGGGUUGGACAGCGAGCUCGCUCUCGGUGAUUCGGUGAAUGUGGUGGGAGGUGACAACAAGGUGAUUUUCCUUCUCAGGCUAUGAGGCAACCCUCAUUCAUCACACCUUGAGUACGACGUUCCAAUGACACCCCAAGGGAUUCUAGAAGAAUUCCCCCCCCCCA